CACACACAGUUAUCCUUCAAAGUGUAAUUGACAUCGCUUGUGUGCAUGCGCGCGCAUCUCAAACGUCUUCCUUUCCUCGUCUACACUGAUUCAUAGUCAAUAAUUAUGGGGUGAAACAACAGGUGACGCAAUAGCCUAAUGAAUAUAUAUCAGGAAUUGGGUUUCACCUGUCGCAUUUCAUUCAUAGGACCGAUAAGGCAAAGGAGAGGACACCACUUCAUACUAUAGAGAUCCACCCUGUUUGCGUUUUCUUUGCGAUUAGCCUUAACAUAUUAUUUUUGCUGACCAAUUCUAUCGUCAUUACGCCAUGGUGCAAGGGACAUCUCAAGAAAGAAUGUGGUUUUACAAAGAACAUGCCGGUAAAAGUUUGGCAGGGCCAAAUAUGAUGCCUGGGAAUCUUAACUCGAGUCAGAAUGCGGUCUUUCGUUUGGCUAACCUCCCCAUGGUUAGUUCAGCGUGUGCACUCGUAUCGGUCUUGUAUUGUGACACCAAGCACAACCACCCCUACAUCCGAUUGUUGUGUGAAGUGGUGGAAAUUAGUGUGACGACCUUAUCCUCCGUAGCCUGUAACAGUGCCACCCCCAUCAUCAUUAAGCUGGAGCCCCAAAUUUCUGUUGUGAAUGAUCUUGCAUGCAAAGGCCUGGAUAAGCUUGAGAGUACGUUGCCAGUGCUUCAACAGCCUUCACAGCAGAUUGUUUCAGAUGUGAAGAAUAUAAUGAUGGAGGCCAAAGAUGCUGUAGUCAUUGCUGUCUACGGAGCAAAGAACUGCAUGCAUUACACCCUGACUGGCAUGGUUGCGAUGACAAAAGGAGCAAGUGGUGGGAGAGCCAACAUUGUGUCCCUGGAACCUGCUGUCCAGCUGGUUAGUAUGGGACUGAAAAAUGCACUGAGCCUGUCAGAAACCCUGGUGGACCAAGCCCUUCCUCCGACUGAUGAAGAGAUGGAAGACGAGGUCAAGACUGUGACUGGCUUUGACGUUGCCGCCGCCAGGCCCAGCUCCCCUGUCCGACUGGUUUCCCUCACGGUCAAGCUGUGUAGACGAGCAUACCACCAGGCAGAGGAGAAGAUGCGCUUUGUCAAAGUCUGCUGUCAGAAAUCCCUCAACUUGCUUCAGCACACCAUGCACUUGGACAAUCUUGGCGCCUUGGUGGAAUGGACUAGUAACGUUCAAGAGAAGGAAGACAAGGAGACAGAGGGGGUGGUUAUCCACUGCCUGAAUGUCUCUCCCAGUGUGAGUCACCAGCUGCAGAGAAACUGUCUGACCCUGGCCUGCAGCCUACAAAAUCUCCCCCGCCACCUCCAGCAGCAGGCUGUGUGUGUGCUGCUUUCUGCCUCACAGAUCUUAAACAACUUUAGUUCUACCGACCCCCACCUGGGCAUUAGACCUCAGGGCAAAGUGAGUGGUUCUCUGGAUGCCAUCCUGGACUACCUGGUCCACAACAUGUCCCUCAAUUGUCUGGUGGGGCCCUGGUGUCCUCAGAUGCCCCCCAUUACUCCCAAGGGGCCAGACCAAUGGUCAGAGGAAGAGGCCUGCCAAGAAAACAGGUGUUUUUGACCUUGGGUGUACUGUCACACCCUAUGAACAAUAUUGAUGUGGUUUGUGUUGGGAGUCAGUCAUCUCAGAUAUGCGUAGGCUUCUGAAAUGCAGUGGUCGGUUUUUAUUAAUAUUGGCCUAACACAGCAUGUCAAUGCAUUUGACUUGUGGGCAUAUAAUGUUUAAUGGACUUGGGUCAAUAGACUGUUUGGGGUUUCUGUCACUGCAAUACUGCAAAUCGAUGUGUGAAUGGCCCUAGAAUUUUGUAUGCUUCAUGCUGUGGAAAGAAUCUGUUAAACCACAAUAAAUUACAAUGCAAGUUA